CGAAAAGGCAGGGGGCGGCAGUGGUUCGCCGUAGGCGUCUUCGAUAUUCUUUUUGUUCGGCGGUAGUAGUCUGGUCACGAAGGACGGCCGGGCCCGCAGGCAGGCCCAGCAAGGUUGGAUGAUGAGGCAAUCUAUGCAGCCCACAAAAAAACUCGGACGCGCGGGCCCCAAACGGACCAUCGAAGAGCAGCGUGUGGCGUGCGGGAACGGCGCCUGGACCCUGCCGGCGCUCCGCCGACGCUCUGACUGGUCGCGCGAGAACUUGAAUGCCUCGAAUCGUGGGGUGGAGCGCUUGAAACGUAUGUGGGGCCCCACGCUGGCCAAACGAGGUUCCCGAGGAGAACGCAGGGACCCGCAGUGGCAACGUGGGGGACGCCCGAAGAGCACACAGCUUGAAGAUACGGGUGCUAGCUGGCCCAGCGGUAUUGACGAGGACCCGAAGGCAGAGUGGAGAGACCCGAUAAGGACAGCAGAUGCUCAAGAAACCCGAUCCUCGAGAAAACGCCAAAUGCCAGGCGGAACGCCAUUAAUACGAACAGCAGCAGAGGAAAAGGAGGAGGAGGAGAAGGAGGGAGAGGAGGGGGGAGGAGGGAAGGAGGAGCGCACAGUGCUGCAGAAUAUCAGCGGCGCGCCGAGGGGGGAGGUCCUCUCAGAAGGCGCCGAUGCUCAUGAGCAGCCCGCCGGCCUUCUCCGAGACGCCCUCUGCGGCCUCGGAGAAGGCCCAGAAAGCUUCGCGCAGAGGCCGGCGACUCCGAAGGCUGUGGUCUGCGAAGGGUGCGGGCUUGCAGCCCACGCCCUGCGGGGGCGGGCGAGGACAUCGACGGCGCUCUCCGCCGCGCCCCGAGGCGGCCCGACGAGGGCAGCGCGGAGUCCCCCAGCCGACGGAGACCAUCGUAGAGAACCCCCCGGCGCAGCCACCUCUGCAGUCGCCGGAGAAGGCCUGGAGCCCUCCGGGCCUUCUGCGAAGGCCCGCCCCCUCGGCGGCGUCUACCCUGGGCGCGCCGCCGACGCAAUCGCGCGGAUGCGCGCUCGCACGCGCGAGCGCGCACUUGUACGCGUCACUCGAGGCCCCCGA